AAAUAAAGAAAGCUGAGAAAAGUAGGAGCGAUCUUCCGGCGGAGGAGGUUACCGAUCAAAACUGAAAUCGGUUUAUUUGGAACGGGCUUCGAGCUGAGUUUAGACAAAAGUGUUGGUUUUAGGACCUCAGUAAAAAGCGGCUUGCGUAAAAGUGCGUGAAAACGAAUGAGGGCUUUGGAGACUCCAUAGUGUCUCUGUCGCUCCCUCUGUCUCUUAACUUUUAACCCAUUGCAUGAUGGAUCAGACUAGUCGUGACCCAGGAUCAGGGCAGCACACAUCUCCGGGAAAAGAUCUCAAAAGGAAGAGGGCUGAAAGCUCAGGUAGUCUGUCCUCAGUCAGGAAGCGAGUGGCGGCCGCCGACAUGCCUUUGGCGUUUUCUGGAUUUUCACACGAUAACGAGGUAUCUCUAUUUUUUCCCCCUGACGAACUCAGAUCAGACUGUCCGCAGAUGUUAGUGCACAGUUUCUCGGCGAUGGAUCGGCAUGAUGGGACUAGCAAUGGGACUCCACGUUUACCCCAGUUGGGGACGGUCAGCCAGUCUCCAUAUCCGACCGCCCCGCCGUUGUCUCACACCCCUAACACGGACUUCCAACCACCCUACUUUCCACCUCCGUACCAGCCCAUCUACCCGCAGUCGCAGGACCCCUAUUCCCAUGUGAACGACCCCUACUCGCUCAACUCGCUGCACCCGCAGCCGCAGCCGCAGCACCCGACCUGGCCCCAGAGACAGAACCAGGAAGCGGGGAUCCUGCAUCAGCCCCGCGGGCUGCCACAACUCGCCGGCCUGGACCCGCGGAGGGAGUACCGGCGGCCCGAGGUCCUGCUCCAUAGCACCCACGGACUGGACUCCGGGCUUGGGGAGUCACUGCCCAUCCACAGCAUCGCACACGCCAUCGAGGAUGUCCAGCAUGUUGAUGACCAAGGCAUUAACAUCCAGGACCACACCGUCAUUAAGAAAGGUCCCAUGUCCCUAUCUAAGUCUCACAGUGGGGCUGUCACCUCGAUCUCACUCAAUAAGGACGGGCUCUUUGGCGGGGUUGCGAACCCGAACGAGGUGUUCUGUUCAGUUCCGGGUCGCCUCUCCCUCCUCAGUUCAACAUCAAAGUACAAGGUGACAGUGGCGGAAGUGCAGAGACGCCUGUCUCCGCCCGAGUGUCUCAACGCCUCGUUGCUGGGAGGAGUGCUGAGGAGGGCGAAAUCUAAAAAUGGAGGAAGGUCCUUAAGAGAAAAGUUAGACAAAAUUGGAUUAAAUUUACCAGCAGGUAGACGCAAAGCUGCUAAUGUUACGCUGCUCACCUCACUUGUUGAGGGUGAAGCAGUGCACCUUGCCCGAGAUUUUGGUUAUGUUUGCGAGACAGAAUUCCCAGCCAAAGCCAUAGCUGAGUACGUGAAUCGACAACAUUCCGAUCCGAGUGAACAAGUGACACGAAAAAACAUGUUACUUGCAACAAAACAAAUCUGCAAAGAGUUUACAGACUUGCUGACUCAGGACCGAUCUCCUUUGGGAAAUUCUCGGCCAGCCCCGAUCCUGGAGCCUGGCAUUCAGAGCUGCCUCACUCACUUCAGUCUCAUCACACACGGCUUCGGGAGCCCGGCUCUCUGCGCUGCAAUCACCGCCUUGCAGAACUAUCUCACGGAAGCACUCAAAGCCAUGGACAAAAUGUACAUGAACAAUACUCCCAACAACCACACGGGCGAAAACCCCAGUAAAAGUGGAGACAAGGACGAGAAACACAGAAAGUAGUGGGAUAGUAAAAAAAAAGUACAAUUUCGUAAAAAUAAAUAAAAAAAAUAAAAGUUGU